AUAGUACAGCGUACUUCCUUUGCUUCAAAUUCCAUACUUUUUUUUGCUGUAGGGAUUUUUAAAAGUUUUUUUCUCUGGAACUUGAAACAUCAAAAGAAGAAAAGGGUAGGUGUUAUAUAUUAAUUUGGUUAUACAUAAUUGGUGGGUUUUGGAUAUAGAGUAUUGUUGAUUUGGUGUAAUGGGUUUUGGUUUAUUGAGUAUUUUUUUGGGGUGAUUUUGGUCGAAGGGAAGUCAUAGGAAUAAACCCCAACCCUGAGAGUGCUGUCGGCGCGAGGUCUCUUUCUGUCGGCAUUGUCUGUAUCCAACGAUGAUUCUCAAAUUUAUUGAUUAAAAAGUACAAUCACGAGAUUGGUUGAUUCUAUUCAUUCAUUCAUUCAUUACUUCUUAGUUGUUGCAGCCCCUGAAAGCUGUGUGUCUCUGCUUCCCUUUACCUGCCUUUGUCUCUUCGACACUUGCAACUCCUAGAGUUGGUGUUGAUCAUAACUGGGUUUAUAUUACUUUUUCUUGAUUUGACUGUGUUUUCGAAAUUCUUGCUGGGUUUUUGGAUUGAGAGAUAUAAACAAAAAGACUUCAUUUCUCAAUGUGGGAAUGUGGGUGAGUGUUGAUUUUGCUGAUUCUGUUAUUGCGAGGCUCGCUGAUUUUGUCAUUGGCAAAUGAAUCUGAGAUUUCUGGAGAUCUGGCUGCAUUAUUUCUCUGGGAAUACAGGUUCGAUGUAUAAUAUUUUGUAUUCCAGUAAUACUUUACUGCAUUGUUGAAGUGGUUCCCAUACCAAAUGUCAAGGACUCUUGCAGCCAUAUUAGGAGGUGCUGCAGGAGUCGUGGCAUUGGUGGGGAUGGUUAUCUUUCUUAUAUGGUUCUGCCUAUCUCACAAGAAGAGUGUUUCAAGAACUUCUGAGACAGGGUCUUCUGAACCAUCUCAAGGAGGAAGGCAUGUUGGGGUUGAGUUGUCCAUUCGAGAAGCAAGGCGUUUUGAGAUGGAAGAAUUAUCUCUUGCUGCAAAAAAUUUUAAUGAUAAAAAUUUGAUUGGGGUAGGAAAAUUUGGGGAAGUAUAUAAGGGUUUGCUUAAUGAUGGGAUGCUUGUGGCUAUCAAAAAGCGAUCUGGAGCACCUAGCCCUGAAUUUGUUGAUGAGGUGCGCUACCUUUCACCUAUUCAGCAUCGGAAUCUUGUGACUCUUUUGGGCUACUGCCAGGAAAGUAAUCAACAGUUUCUCAUAUACGAGUAUAUACCUAGUGGGAGUGUUUCCAGUCACUUGUAUGGACCUGGUCGUGUUUCAGAUGGGAAGCUAGAAUUCAAGCUUAGACUUUCAAUAGCUCUUGGUGCAGCUAAAGGUUUGGCUCAUCUUCACUCUCAGAGUCCCCGUUUGUUACACAAGGAUUUCAAAACAGCCAAUGUUCUUGUAGAUGAAAAUUUUAUUGCUAAGGUUGCAGAUGCAGGACUUCGUAAUUUCCUGGGACAUGUCGAUGUUGCAGGUCCAUCUUCACAAGUGACAGCAGAUGACAUAUUUCUUGCGCCAGAGGUGAAAGAGUUCAGAAGAUUUUCUGAUAAAAGUGAUGUAUUCAGUUUUGGCGUAUUCCUUCUGGAGUUACUACACGGACAGGAAGCAACAGAAUCGCCAUCUCCAGACUCCAGCCAAAACCUGGUUGAAUGGGUUCAAAAUACUGAGGACUACAGUGUUUUUGCUAGCAUUGUUGAUCAAAAAUUGGGAACUAGCUUCACAGCUGAAGGCAUGGAGGAGUUCAUACAACUGAUAGUCCGAUGCCUGGAACCUUCAAGCGAGAGGCGACCUGCCAUGAGUUACGUGGUGAUGGAACUCGAUCGGAUACUCGAGAAAGAGAUGAGCUUAACAACAGUAAUGGGGGAAGGAACCCCAACUGUGACUCUUGGAAGCCAACUAUUUAAAGCAUCAAAAUAAAAACAAAUCCAUUUGCCUCCAAAAUAUUGAGUGUGAUUUUUGUUGUACUUUUUUUUUCUUUUCCCUCUUUUCCUCAAUCCCUUCUCCCUUUUUUGAAAGAAAUUCAGCUGUUUGUUAAGUGUACAAAAGAACAGCUGUAUAAUUUUUUCAUUUUUUUGUGUCAUAAAUGUAUGUGAAAUCUUGUUGUAAACCAUUAUUUGUUGUUAAUAUGAUAGUAAGAGUUGAGAUUUGUGUGA